UGAAAACGGCUUGCUUCGACCACAGUCGUCUUUCGAAGAUGCUUCUGACACACCUGCAAUUUUGAAUGCAUCAGAAUUCCAUUUCGUUUCGAAAUGACAGCACUUUGGACACUAUGGCUUCUAGCACUCAUUCUCUCUCCAUGUUUUUCAGCGGAUAUGCAGUUCGCCUCCCGCAGUGGCUUCUCUGGAGUGGCCGAGGUGCCGGGCUUGCAAAGCUACCCAGUCCAGAACAGUGAGCAUAGCAGGACGCGGCGCUCCAGGCAGCCGCAUGGUGGCCUUCUCGGCUUGUCACCGCCUGAUCCCUGGUAUGAAAACAACGCCGCACACAAAAACGGCCGCCUGGUGCGAAGUCCUGCCGAUUCUACUGCCCGUCUCCUCUUCCCGUAUCUGACACCGGCGGUGGCGGUGGCUCCUGGGCUGGCCACGUGUGGAACGAGCGUCGCCUACCAGCUAAGCGUGUUCGGCACGCUGAGACCCGUUUUAGUGAGGUAUUUGUGUGUGCCUACUCGACCUCCUCCACCACCACCACCUCCAUCGCCUCCACCGCCUCCACCUCCUCCACCGCCUCCUCCGACAAGGCCACCACCUCCACCUCCGACUCCACCGAUAAUAAUUCUCGUGUUGCGAGGACUUGCCGUGGUCCCCGCCAAAUAGACAAG